AUGACAAUGCUGGUCAAGGAUCACAACCUUUUACAAGUCCAAUUUUAUCAGAAAAUCAAAAUCAGGACAACACAAACAAUCACAAUCCUGCUCAAGGACGACAACAUUUUACAAGUCCAGUUGCAUCAGAAAAUCAAAAUCAGUCGGAGUGUGAUGAAAGCUCAAAUGAUGGCAGCGAGGAAGUUUUUCAAGUAUGUUCAUUAUAAACUUUGUAUUUUUAGAUGGUUUAACGAUGUUUUUUUAUUCAAUCUCCUUUUUUUAAAGGAUCAUUCAAUUUUUGAAAAUUCAAAUCUGGGAGACAUACCCGAUAUUGUUGGGGGUGCUGAUAAACAAGUUGAUUGUGACAAUUCCCCUGUGCGUAAUCUGAACAAUGUAGAUGCUGGUUUUAGUUCGUCUAAAUCAAUAAUCCCAAGUCCAUCAUUUGUAUUUGACAAACCCAAAAAAAUACGGCCACUUGUUUUUGAAAGUCAACAUGACUUUACAGAUCAAGAUGACAAUGAUGAAGAGGAUCAGUUCAUAUUUCCUACCCCUAUUCAAUCUAUUGUUCCCUUGGAAGGGUCACCACAAUCACAGUUUGAGUUGGAUGAUUCUCUAAUGCCAAGUCUCAGUGACAUAAAAAGUAUUUGUGCUACUGACAAUACCAUUAAUGCAGAACAGAGCAUUACCAUGCACAUUCAAACCACAAGCAAUGAUAACUCAAAUAUUCAAAAACAGGCUAGCAAGGAUAGUCAGAACAAAAAAAGUCCUGUUCACACACCGUUACCUGCGCAUAGGAUUAGACGUCUAGGACCUUUCAAUACAUCCCCAUAUAUGACAUCGUUCGGCUCAUCUGCAGCUAUAAAGACAUAA